AUGGCGGCCCUGGCCCUCCUGCUCUCGCUGCUGGCGCUGCCGGCGGCGGCCGACAAGCGCGCCGCGGCGGGGCCCUUCUGGCUGCUGGCCCCUGCCGGCGUGGCCUGCAGCGACGCCUGCGCCCCGAACGGCGGCUGCAGCGCCUCAGGAUGGCCGGCGACCGGCGAUGAGUUCGGCCGGAUCAUGAUAUCUGGCGGCGCGGCGCUGGGGGAUCUCUCCAACAACCAGAGCUUCAAGGUGGCCUCGUGGUGCAAGACGAUCCAAGAGGGCUCGGUGGAGCACGACCCCAGCUGCUCCGAGGGCCACUGCGGCUGGAAAGCCGACGGCUUUGGCCCGAACGACGGUGACGAGGAUGCAGCUUUGCGUCGCUCGUCGGGCCAGGAACGAGCGCAUCCUCAUCCUGCCUUCGUCCUUGGGGCGAGGAACGCCGGGAGGGGUGGCCCGCCGCGCCCCCCCGCCUCUCUCCCAGCGCUGCGCGGUGCAGCCGCCGGAGGGCGCUCGGCGCUUCUGCCCCUGCCGGGGGCGGCUGCAGCAGUGAGCGGACCAGUCGUGCAUUAG